CAGGCUGCAGACAGACAUACAGUCGACAGCUCAAUCACACGCUGCAGACAGCAAACUGCAGCCAGGAGCAGAUUAAAACCAGCAGGAUGGGCUCCAGCAACUCCAGCGUGAACAACAUCCCCAACGCACAGGAGCUCAUGCAGGAAACUGGCUUCUCUGCUGCCCACAUCCUCCGUCUGCAUGAGAGGUUUGAGUUUCUGGACAAACACAAGUGUGGACAGCUCAGGUUGGUGGACCGACCGACCAAUCAGCCUCAGGAUUUCGGAGCAGUUCAGGAGUUGGCCCUGAACCCGAUCGGGGACAGUAUCAUCAGCGCUUUUUUCUCUCCGGGGCAGGAAACUGUGGACUUUGCCUCCUUCGUUCGGAUUCUGGCUCAUUUCCGUCCCACAGACAGAAACCAAUCCAGAGACGGAGCCCAGCAGGAACCAGCCAACAGCAGCAUCAGGAAGCUCAAAUUUGCUUUUCAGAUGUAUGAUCAGGACAGAGAUGGAAAGAUUUCCAGAGCAGAGCUUCUUCAGGUGUUGCGGGCGAUGCUGGGGAUACAGGUGACGGAGGAGCAGCUCCAGAGCAUUGCUGAGCGAGCCAUCCAGGAGGCCGACCUGGACAGAGACGACGCCAUCUCUUUUGACGAGUUCAGAAAGUCAUUGGAGAAAGUGGACAUUGAUCACAAGAUGAGUAUUCGCUUCCUGAGAUAAAGACACAACCCACUGAGACUUGGGUUUUUUCCGUUGAAAAGACGACGAUCAGAUGCUCAAAUAUGGAGACACAACGAACAGUAAAAUGUUUACAACUAGGACAAAAGAGAUCAGUGGCAGUAAGUCUUCUAGUCUGCUGUUAAUUCCAUAGGAAUUAGGAAGAAGAAGAACGCCAACAACUUGUGAGUCGUGUUCCCAUGUGUUGGAAAUACUUUGUUUGGUUUAAAUUAUAACAUAGAAAGUCAAAAUUAUGAGAUAAAACGUUGAAGUUAUGAAAAGUUUUGACGUAACAUUCUUUUUUUUUAUUUAAGUUUUUAUCAUGUUUGUUUUAUUUUACUGGUAGAAAUAGACUUCAGUAAUAUACUGCUCUGUACAAGCAGGUUUGUUUGGUGCUGAGAAAUUACUGCCUACUGCCUGAUGAAAAUUCAUUGUGGCUGCAUUUAAAGAUAAGAAAAUGUCUGUCUGCUGCCUCCAGGACAACAUGUAUAUUUACACAGACUACAGUGGAGAUGGAAGUCAGCUGUUGUAAUGGGAGAAUUUGAUUAAUGGUAUCUUAAGAAAUCUUAAAAUCAGUAUAAGUGAUGGAACAAGUAUCUCUGUGAGAAAUCUAUUCUAUUUAACUAUCCUAAAUCCUAAAAUAAAUAAGUUUAACCCUUCCA